CUGUUUCAUAAAUGUCAACAGGGUUUUCUGAGAAUCCAAUUAGUGAUAAUGACAUUGUAGAAUCUAGUCAUUCACCUAUUGAAGAGACUGAUUUCACUCAGCAGUCAACAUCACCACCAUUAGGAGACAAAACAACACAACAAUCAACUCCCCCUCAUUCAUCAUCGCCAAUACUACAACCAACAGCAACAAUACUAACUGACACACAAGCAGAAAUUCAAAAACCGGAAGAAACCCAACCUAUUCAACCAGAAUUUACUGAGAUAAUAACAGACAGAAAUAAAUUAGAGCAUUGUGUUGAAUUAGACUCCUCAACUAAUUUUGUGUCAAAAGAAUCCAGUCUAGAUAGAGAAAACUGUGAUAACAAUAUGACGAAUCAAGAUGACAGAGGAAAUAUAUCACCUAACUGGAUACCUGAGCAACACUAUAAUGUUUAUACAUGUUCUACUACGACGCCAAGUUCACAAACGGUUUUACGGCUGAAGCAAUAUUAUACGAGUUUAGAAGAGUCAACAAAGCCAUGUGAAACUAAACUUACAGAAACGAACAAUAAUAAUAGGAAUAGUCGUAAUGGAAGAUCACUUCGCAAAUUAAGACGCAAUACAUUCGACAGAUCAUCACACCGAUCAAACUCAAAAAAUAAUGGAGAACAAGCUGAUCACAUCGAAAACUUCAGUUCAUUUAAAGAUGAAAAGGUAAAUACAUCUGUAGAAGAAAUGCGUAAAUUGUUUGAAUCUGGUCGCUUUACCGAUCAUAAUAAAAAACAAACGGUAGCUGAAACAGUAGUGACAUCAAAAGAACAAAAUGAGAAAUCUAAUGAUUUAAAUAGUUCCAAACCAUUUAAAGUGGUCAAAUCACUUCCUGAGAAUACCGUAGAGUUUCAUUCGCGUCCGCCAAAGUUUCGGACUCCUAGUCCUAAACCUUUUAAUCUACCGACACCACCUCCACUACCUCUACCACCAGCUAUUGAAUCCGUCAACAAAUCUUAUGAGAUUAAUGGUGUUACUAACAAUAAUAUAAGUAGUACAAAUAAAGUAAGGAAUAAAAUGAAAUGUAAAAAUAAAAAUUAUUCAUCCUGUUGGAGUCAACCUGCUAAGCCAAUAUUAUCAAUGAGUUUACCAUUUCGCUCACGAUCUUUGGCGAUUGACAGGAAAUCAGACCUAACUCAUGGUAACAGAGGAGGUUCUUUAUCUCGUUAUCGUGCUUGCUCAAUUACUCAGCGAUCACUAUCACCAUUACCCAAUACACUAUCCUUUAAGGAUGAUCAGAUUGAUAAGGCAGGUAAAACGAAUUUCUCAAAAUCUUCAGAUUUAAAAUGUUCGAGAUUAAAUAAUUUUACUGACACUAAUACUAAGAAUACAGAGUUCGGAAAACAGGAGUCUAAUCACUCUACAGUCCAUUGUAAUGUCUGUAAUGUCAAGCCUGAUCAAAUCGUUUGUAUGAAUCCUUCAUCUACCGAUGGUGUGUAUGUUAGAUCUGCUGUAGUCUAUGAGCGUGUGAAUGGAAAACCUCUUUCGAAGGAGCCCAAAAACUUCAUUACGACGUAUGUAGUAUCUAAGUGGCCAAGUCCAAGUCAAGCAACUGUUCAGGCUACAAAUUUAUGGGUUGCAGAACAGUCUCUGCAACAAUAUGACCAGAGGUUGCCUACACCUUACAGAACACAAGCGUUGUCAAAACUCAAUACUACAGCUCAAUCUAGUGAGUCGAAAGAAAUCCAGUUAUAUCAUAGUAGUCCAGUCGAUAAUCUAGCCAAGCCGAAAAAAAAUACUAUACAGCAAAAAGAUCGGAGUUUGGUAGUUCAGCCAAGAAUUAAAUUUGAUCAGCAUGAUCAUACACGUACAUUCACUCAUACUAGGAAUAGAUCUUUGUCUCCACAACCGUUACCCACUCCACCUUCAACUGAAUUACACCCACAUAUAUUACGUUGUACUAGUGGUCAGUGCAGUCCAUCCCAUCAAAGUCGUAUAUCCCAAUCUUUCGUGGAUAAAUCCAAUAAUCUAGAUAAAGUGCAACGAUCAACAUAUCACAGACCUUAUUUAAGUCGUUCGUGGUCAGUAAAAUCACUAUCCCCACCACCACCUUUCCGAAGUCAGUGGCUUAGUUCUAUGAGUGCAUCAAGAAGCAGACAGAAAAUAUUUGAUAAAUUUCACAGUUUAACACGUGAUAUGCAUCCCAGAAUCAAUGCAGAAUCAUUUUGUAAACAUCAUAGAGGUCGGGAACCAAACCGAAUAAUAAACUGCACCAAACACAGAAGUUGUAUUGAGUCAUACCGCAGGGAAAGCGCAAGACGUUUACGAAACCAUGAAAAGAGGGAUUGGGUAAAACGAGCAGAAGAAAUCAGUGAUGAUAGACAAAAAUACCAUGAACUUAGAGGAAGUUGGUCGCCACCAGUUAUGCGAAGUCCACCAAGUGCAACACCAAAUAAUAUGGAGGAACGUACGGAGAAGGAAAUUCAGCGAUACAUAAGACAGCAUUCCCCCCCAGCUCGGUCCCCUCGUGUCUCAAUUCCUAGGUAUUCAUCUUAUUAUCCACAAGAAUAUGUCAAAUCGUUAGAUAAAGGCAUACAGUGUGACAGUGUUGAAGCAGGAGGAUGUGCGUAUCAAGCAAUUGAUAAGUAUGCUGAUGACUGCAUAGACACUACCCCAAUCGCAGAAGAUUUUGAUAAAAAAUGUGCAUAUUUUGAAGAGUUGAUCAAAAUAAAUAGAAAUUUAGCUCAGUGUUCAUUUUGUUCUGACUGUUAUCACUGUUCACCUGGCCAAACACCAAAGCUUAGCGCCUAUUCAAGCUGGGACUCUGAAAUCAAUAAUUUAAACAGUCAGAACAAUUUAGUCACAAAACGAGAUUUCUACUCUAAAGACCAGCCAAGUCACUACCAAUACAAUCGUCACCAACAAGAGAAUCACUACGGAAAACAUCAUCAACGACAUAUUAGCCAUUUUCAAAAGCCUAACAAAAAUUCAGCUUAUAAUUGUCACGAGUACAAUCAUAAUCCUUAUCCUGGUACAAAACACCAUUAUAACAUUUACGGUACCAAUAAUAAUAAUCACCACUUUGCUCUGGGUGAACCUCAACAGUAUGCUUCCAAUACAUAUUUACCUUUCGAAAAUCCGGCCUUUGUAGAGCAUGAUACAAAUUAUUCCCAUUUAGAUAAAACUUCAAUGAACCAGCCCACCGUUAAUUCAAUAAAACAUGACUAUUACGCAAAGGCUAUUAACGCUAUGCCUAAAGUUGCCCCAAACCCACCUACGUACAGUAAUAAUAAUGAUAAUAGUAACUUUUACAACUAUCAAGAACCCUAUGAAUCAUUUGUCAGAUAUCGAAAUAUUUCUCCGUUACGUAUAGAACUAGAAGAUUCACCAAACCCCAUUUCACCAUAUAGUAAUCAGUUUACGACUCAGCGCCCCUACAAAAUUCGGAAAACAAUUCACUCACCACCGUGCAGAUUUGCCAAUUAUACAGCAAAUGAAAAUUACAACUUAUCAAAUUACCAAGAACACGAAAAACAACGAGGUGAAUCUUUAGAAAGUUUACAUUGUGAACAGAAUGAUUAUAUAGACGAUCAGCCAAAAUUUUAUGGCAGGGUAAAACAAAUUGUUCAAGCACUUGAUAAACAAGCUGUAGAGUACAAUUCACGUAUUGAUUCAGUUGAGUCAAUAACUAGUCCUGAUAGACAUCAACCAUUAAGACGCAGUCACAGUGAUCGUUUCUCUUAUUUUAUGCCAAGAACAUCAUGGUAACGUAAAAAAAACUGGAAUAAUUUGUUUUAUUAUCAGAAAGUAGAAUAACGCUAAUUAUCAAGAAUGUUUCAUUGAAUGAAUUAACCUCAAAUAAGAACAUACAUUUUCCUCCGUAUACGUUAUUGUUAUUCUUAUUUAAUCUUGAAUAUUUUCUAACUUAAUAUUAUUUAAGAAUGACAAAGCUAAAUAAUAAUAAUAAUUCAGGA